CCGCAUAAUACAAUAGCCACGACUCCUUCGAAUUGCUACCCGAGCAGGUCUUGUAACUCGACAACGAAGCCAAUCGCCAGCCCUGUCAGUAAUGUUUCAGUAGGCGCAGCAUCUGCUGCCAAAGUGUCGGCCACAAACUGAGCGAGGCAUCGCGCCUCGCGCAUCGCGAACAUGACCACCCCAUCUGCUCACAGGACGCCAUCUCGCUCCGAACCUCCCCCGUCCGCUCACUCUGUUCACACGCCUCUCGAUCGCACCGGCGCUCACAAUGCCUUGAAUAGUGUUCGUCGUGGGACCUCUCAACAGCCACCUUCACGCAAUGCCCCAACACCCCACGGGCGUGCAGCUCGUCGGCAGCUGAUGGACCGCCGAACCGCCAUCUUCACGCCUGGCAAGAAGCGGCGCAAGAGCCAAAAUGACCAGCGCGAGGACGCCAUGGAUGUUCUUCGACACCUUGGAAAGGCGCUGGCGCCUAAUAGUCAAGUGAUCCACUCGUCGUCGUCGAUGGACUCGUCGGAUGGUUCGCCCGAGUCGACGGACAAGAAACGCAAAGAUUCGAAGAAAAAACCGCGUCUCAGUGUAUGGGAAGAGGAUGAUGGACUGGAUGACAACUUCCCUCUCGACAGACCGCGCUUCUCGCUACCAAUUGAUCAGGACGACGACGAAGAGGAGGAUCUGCCACCGCCCCGUCUGUCCGAGAAUUACACGGUGCAGUCAGUCGAGAUGCCUCGUCGAGCCGAUCCAGAACGAGACCAGGCACGGCUGUCCAUGCUUGGUGGGAGGAUGAGCGACGUGUUUGGCACUUUACCACCCGAGGAAGGGGGGGAGGGACAGAGGGAGUCUGACUUCUUCGACGAGGGACUCUACGAGAACUUGAUGAACAGACCGGCCGACGACGAGUACAACAGAAUCGAUGACGAUACUAUACGAAGGGAAACGAUGGGAGGUGAUGAUUUUCAAAUGGGGACACCAGGAGGCAUGGAUGAGCCUUCGACAUUUGCAAUGUCUCCGCCGAUUAUCCCGGAUCCGGAGCUAACGGCGCCAAUAUUGGAGGAAGCCACCGGCGGAUUCGAGCUUGAUGCCGGCUCGGACGGCGAACCAGCUCCUUUCGAAGACUUUGACGAUCGAGAGCCGUUUGAAGACAUUCCAGGUGGCAGUGAUGAAGAAGGUAUACCCAUGAAUGAUGCCCCGAGUGAUCGAGAGGGCUCAGUGGAUCCCACGAACGACCUUACGGAGAACAUCACAGCGCCACAGGAUGGUCCAGGGAGGGACGCCAUGCCAGCAAGGAAAAAGACACGCAUAUCACGGCAUGGGGUAGAAUAUCCAUCACUGCCACCAGCAUUUGUGAAAAAGGUGGCUCAGCGAGCGCUGCAGUCGUCCGGCUUGAGCAACCCCCGACUUUCGACUGAUACACUUGACGCACUCACACAAGCGUCGGAGUGGUUCUUUGAGCAACUAGGCGAUGAUCUGGGGGCGUACGCGAGCCAUGCCAAAAGGAAGACGGUUGAGGAGAGUGAUGUCGUGACACUCAUGCGACGGUAAGAUGCCACCUGAUUGUGCAUCAUGUCUAGAUACAUGCUAACAACGUACAGCCAACGACAAAUCGGUCCCUCCUCCACUAUCUUCUCUUUGGCUCAGAAACAUCUGCCGCGCGAGCUUCAACAAGAGCUGCGCAUGCCAGCACCACAACCUGCCAAGAAACGCCGCACCAAACGCCCACGAGAUAAUG